AUGACAAAUUGGGGACUUAAUCGCCGGCAUCUUCUUCAGGGCUUCGGCGCGGCCGCCGGUCUGGCGACAACAGGUACAUUCUUUUCGAUCGAACCGGCAAAGGCUGCUGACUUCAAGAUCAAGAUGCAGCUCGGCUGGCUUGCCUCGAACGGCAUCCUUGGCGAGGUCAUGGCCGACAAGCUCGGCUACUUUGCCGACGAAGGCCUGGAGUUGGAGAUUAUUCCGGGCGGACCGAAUAUCGACGGCGUGGCGUCGGUUGCAUCGGGCGCAAACAAUUUCGGUUCGAUUUCAUCGUCACCUUCACUGAUGCUGGCGAGAUCCGCAGGUCUGCCGAUCAAAUGUGUUGCAGCCGGUUAUCAGCAGCAUCCGUUCACCUACUUUUCCAUGGAAAGCAAUCCGGUACGCAAACCGGAGGAUCUGAUCGGCAAGAAAGUCGCCACACAGGGCACAGCCAGAAUUCUGCUUCGCGCACUUCUGGCCAAGAACGGCAUCGAAGAGGACCAGGUCGAAGUAUCGGUCAUGGGUGGUGACAUGGCACCGUUGAAGGUUGGUCAGGUCGAUGUGGCAACAGGCUGGCAGACCAAUGUCGGUGCGCUGUCCGUUCUCGGGGACGAGCGGGUCGACAUGAAACUCUGGGACGCCGGAAUACAGCUCUAUGCCAAUCCCUACUACACGACGGACGACGUUCUUCAGGAACAUAGCGACAAGGUAAUCGGUGCGAUCCGCGCGAUAUCCAAGGGCUGGGGUGCCGUCUACGAAAACCCGACCGCCGGUGUCGACGCACUGGUCGAACGAUACCCGAACCUCGACAAGGACAGUGAAAUGAAAGCUGUCGACCUGGUUCUGGGCUUCUCGUUCAACGACAAGACCAAGGCCGGUGGCUGGGGCAUCAUGACCACGGAGAACUGGCAGGAGCAGAUCGACACCUAUAACAGCCUUGAACAGUUCACCGGUGGAGCGCCGAAGGUCUCCGACAUCAUGACGCUGGACAUUCUCGAGGCGACCAAAGAUGCCCGUCCAACGUUUGGCUGA